CCAAAAACUUUUGAACCACACACUCUUCGAACCGCUUCGUGUCGUGUGAUAUCCGUGCCCCUCGACCCCUACGACCUCCGGAGACUGCUUAUUCUCUUGAUCAAUUGGAAGCUCGUUUAUUGAUUUCUUUCAUCUUUCCACACGCAAAUACACACAUUCAAGAUGUCUCCGCCUGUUGCUUCUGGACGGGAGAAGGAGUCGAACACUGCACGACUUCUGGGCUCCGGUUCCGCUGGUAUCGCCGAAUUGGCCGUCUUCCACCCCGUCGACACCAUCGCGAAGCGAUUGAUGAGCAACCAGACCAAGAUCUCCGGCAUCGACCAGCUCAACCAGGUCAUCUUCAAGGACAAGGCCACCGCUCCCGCAGGCCGCAAGUUCUUCUCCCUCUUUCCCGGUCUGGGCUACGCCGCCGGCUACAAGGUCCUGCAAAGAAUAUACAAGUACGGCGGCCAGCCCGUUGCCAGAGACUACCUGAGCAAGAACUUUGGCGAGGAUUUUGAGCGCGCUUUCGGCAAGAAGACUGGCAAGGCCAUCAUGCACUCCACUGCCGGCAGUUUGAUUGGUAUCGGAGAAAUUGUUCUUCUUCCCCUUGAUGUCCUCAAGAUCAAGAGACAGACAAACCCCGAGGCUUUCCGCGGUCGUGGUGUGUUCAGAAUCGUCGCCGACGAGGGCUUCGGUCUGUACAGAGGAUGGGGCUGGACUGCCGCCCGUAACGCACCUGGUUCCUUCGCUCUGUUCGGUGGUUCCGCUUUCACGAAAGAGUACCUCUUUAAGCUUGACGACUACAAUAAGGCCUCGUGGUUCCAGAACUUCAUCGCCUCUAUCGCCGGUGCAUCUGCCUCCCUAGUCGUAUCCGCCCCCCUGGACGUCAUCAAGACCCGUAUCCAGAACCGCAAUUUCGAGAAUCCCGAGAGCGGCUUCAGGAUCAUCUCCAACAUGAUGAAGAACGAGGGUGCCGGCGCUUUCUUCAAGGGUCUUGUUCCCAAGUUGUUGAUGACUGGCCCGAAGCUGGUCUUCUCCUUCUGGCUGGCACAGACGCUCAUUCCCGCCUUCGAUGGUAUGCUUAAAUAAAUACAAAAAAAGAGACUCAAUUAUAAAGGCCACGGCGUUGGGUUGAUGAAUAUGGAGUCUUGGGAGCUAAACCUGCUAGACGGUUGGGUACUGCAAGAACCCGACGAAAGGGUAUUAGACAAAGAUGAGAAGCAAGGUAUUUAGCUGGUCACCCAAAAGAAAAGGAGAAGGUGGUUUAAGGCCCCAGAUAAUGUACAACAACGUAGGAUUGAUUCGGAUGAGACAAAUCACCUCUGGUUUUAAUACACAUAUACAAGACCAUUGAGCCAAUUCCAGAAACCAAAUGGACGUUGGUGCGGACCAUGUCCCAGCUCCCAUCUGGCUAUCGCUACCG